GAGAGCGAGAGAGCAGAUAGGAGAGAGGAGACGAGCUCCGGAGAAGAGCAGCGACUGUCGCAUCCUCCGACAACAGAAGCCGGGCAGAGCAGAGGGCAGGCACGUCUUUUGUCUGAGAACGCGUCCGACAGGAGGAGCAGCGCACAGCGACCAUCUAAGCUCCGUGUUUUCUCUUAUUUUUUUUUUUAAUUAUUAUUAUUUAUUUAAUCUCCGGGAUUAUGCUCUUUGACGUUGAGGGAGCAUCAUCCGGUCACGGUCGUGUGUUUACAUCAGAACCUUCACCACAGUAGAAGUUGUCUGGAAGACUUGUGGGGGACGCGCGUGUUUGGGUCGCUCAGAGCGGAUUGAAAAAUGCGUUCACAGUGAUUUUAUGGUCUAAACUGUUUCCAUCAAAGUUGCAUCUCUUUGUCCUGUCCCGCAGCUUGUUCCACGCCGCUCGGUGUUCCCUGACAGUGCGUAAUUACUGUUUUUUUUUUCCCUGCGCCUUUCCAACAGGCAUCACCAGGUAGGGCUUCUUGAGCCUGCCCACACCGAUGACAACAGAUCACCUCGCAGCGUAAGGUGACAGUUUGGUUUUCUCCUCUCGGGGGGCUGCUGCAGCCUCUCAAAAAGAGACACCGCUCGUCCAUCAUCAUGGAUGAUGCUGGGGGGAUACAUCUAUGCGCCUGGACCAAGUCGUCCAGAAAGAGCGCGCGGGACGUCUUGAAAACAUACCUGGGAAUAUUUGUGAUGCUUCACCUCGUGCUCCGUACGGAAGCCUCAUCGGUGUCCAGAUCCUGCGAUAAAACCUGUUUUUCGGGGAAGUGCAUCAACGGGAGCUGCGUGUGCGACCACGGGUGGGUCGGGGAUCAGUGCCAGCACUGUCAGGGAAGAUUCAAAUUAACAGACCUGUCAGGCUCUCUCACAGAUGGACCAGUAAACUAUAAAUACAAGACCAAAUGCACUUGGUUAAUAGAAGGAUACCCUAAUGCAGUUCUCAGGCUGCGCUUCAAUCACUUUGCCACAGAGUGCAGCUGGGACCACAUGUACAUCUAUGAUGGAGACUCCAUUUAUGCCCCUUUGAUUGCGGUCUUCAGUGGUCUAGUGGUACCAGAGACCCGGGGUAAUGAGACAGUCCCAGAGGUGGUUACGACAUCCGGCUACGCUCUGCUUCACUUCUUCAGCGAUGCUGCUUACAACCUGACCGGCUUCACCAUCACCUACUCGAUAAACUCUUGUCCCAACAACUGCUCGGGCCACGGCAGAUGCAGCACGGCGAACUCGGUCUCCGGUCGCGUUUACUGUGAGUGUGAGGAGUACUGGAAAGGAGAGGCCUGCGACAUCCCGUACUGCAGAGACAACUGUGGCAGCCCGGAUCACGGCUACUGUGACCUGACCGGAGAGAAACUCUGCGUCUGCAACGACAGCUGGCAAGGUCCAGACUGUUCUCUGUCUGUUCCAUCCACUGAGGCCUUCUGGGUGCUUCCAAGUGUCAAACCGUCUGCACAAUCUUUGGGCCGGGCGUCCCAUGAGGCCCUGGUGCACUCUGGGCUGAUGUGGGUGGUGGGAGGCUACUCCUUCAACUACUCCAACUACCACAUGGUUCUCAACUAUAACCUGGAGACCAGCACGUGGGAUACGGUUCCUGUCAGCAGCGGCCCUCUCUACAGAUAUGGACACUCGCUGGCUCUGUACCAGGAUGACAUCUACAUGUUCGGCGGGAAGCUGGAAGCAGGAUCUGCUAACGUGACGGAUGAGAUGUGGGUGUUCAACAUCCCCAGACGCACCUGGUCGCUGCUGAAACCAGCCCCGCCUCCUCCCUACGCCCUGGAGGGACACACUGCCCACGUGGUAGAGCUGGCCGAUGGAGAACCGGUGAUGCUGAUCUUCUUUGGCUACUCGCCAGUCUACAGCUACAUCAACAAAGUUCAGGAGUACAACAUCAGGUCUAACUCGUGGCAGGUUGUGUCUGCCGGAGGCGCCGUGGUCCAGGGAGGUUACGGCCACAGCAGCUUGUACGAUGAGGCCAGCGGCUGUGUGUUCAUCCACGGGGGAUACAAGGCGCUUAACAACAACAAGUACGGUCUGGUGGACCACAUGUACCGCUACCACAUCCACACCAGAACAUGGUUGAUCCUCAGAGAGAGUGGGUUGGCGCGGUACCUCCACUCUGCGGUGCUGCUGAGUGGUACAGUUCUGGUUUUUGGGGGAAACACUCACAAUGACACGUCACUAAGCAACGGAGCCAAGUGCUUUUCUGCUGACUUCCUGGCGUAUGAUAUAGCUUGUGAUGAGUGGACUGUCCUGCCCAAACCAGGGCUGCACCGCGACGUCAACCGCUUCGGACACUCUGCCGUGGUUAGCAACGGCUCCAUGUACAUCUUUGGAGGUUUUUCGGGCCUCCUUCUGAACGAUGUGCUGGCUUACACCCCUCCGAGCUGCCAGGCUUUUUCUAACCCAGCUCUGUGUGCUGCUGCCGGGCCGGGCCUUCGCUGCCACUGGGUCAAAAGCAGAUGUGUCCCCUGGGAGCCAAAACCACCUGACCACGUUCUGCGUGCGCCAUUUUGCCCUGCACGACCUGACAGUACAGACGAGCAGUGUUUCCGCUUCUCAGACUGUGCCAGCUGCACUGCCAACAGCUGGGGCUGUCAGUGGUGUGAGGACAGGAAGUGCAUCUCUGCAUCCAGCAACUGCACUGUGCUGACUCUGGAGCUGGCCCAGCAGCAUGGCGGCGCUCUGUCUCUGUCUCCCCCUCCAUCCAUGUUGUCUGAACAUCAGCUGAGCUUGUGGAAGCACGGAGCCAGAAGGAGGGGACAUUCGGUGAGAGACUCGUCCAGGUGUAAGCGCAGGGAGGAGCAGGAGUGUUUCAGACUGGCCAACUGCAGGAGCUGCUCUCUGAACAUCAACUGUCAGUGGGAUCAACAGCAGCAGGAGUGUCAGGCGCUGCCUGGCCAGCUGUGUGGAGAGGGCUGGCACCACGUCGAGGAGGCCUGCCUGAGGAUAAACUCCAGCAGAGAGAGCUAUGAUAACGCCCAGCACUAUUGUAAAAACCUGGGAGGAAAUAUUGCUUCUUUGCUCACAGACAAACAAGUCAAUUUUGUACUGGAAGAGCUACAGAAAUACCAGCUGCAUGACAAGAGGUUAUCUCCGUGGGUUGGCCUGAGGAAGAUCAACGUGUCAUACUGGGGCUGGGAGGAUGCGUCACCCUUCACCAACACCAGCCUGCGGUGGUUACAGGGAGAGCCCAGUGACUCAGGCUUCUGUGCCUACCUAGAGCGGGCACAGGUGGCCGGACUUAAAGCCAACCCUUGUACUGCCACCACAGAUGGCCUGAUCUGUGAAAAACCUGCCGGGAGUCCACAGAGUCAGAGCACCCGUCCCUGUAAGACUCCCUGUGCCCUGCGCACCAACUGUGCCAACUGCACAAGCCAGGCCAUGGAGUGCAUGUGGUGUGGCAGCGCACAGCGCUGCGUUGACUCUUCGGCGUACGUCAUCUCCUUCCCCUACGGCCAGUGUCUGGAAUGGCAGACCCAGGAUUGCACCGCUCAGAACUGUUCAGGUCUGAGGACGUGUGCAGACUGUCUGGAGAGAGCUGAGUGUGGUUGGUGUGGUGAUCCCAGUAACACUGGUAAGGGCGUUUGCAUGGAGGGUUCUUACAGAGGGCCUCUGAAGCCUGCAAACGCCAGGGCUGGGUCCCGAGACCGGGAAAGACUACGAGACAGGGACAUGCUGCUGGACCAGAGUCUCUGCACAGCUGAUAGAGGCUAUAACUGGGCCUUCAUCCAAUGUCCCGCGUGUCAGUGUAACGGUCACAGCAGGUGCGUGAACGGCAGCGUGUGCGAGCACUGUGGGAACCUGACAGCAGGGACGCACUGCCAGAGCUGUAUGCCCGGUUACUAUGGUGACCCCAUCAAUGGAGGAAAGUGCAAUGCAUGUAAGUGUAACAGCCAUGCCAAUGUGUGCCAUGUCAACACAGGGAAGUGUUUCUGUACCACCAAGGGCAUCAAGGGAGACCAGUGUCAACUAUGUGACUCAGAAAACCGUUACCUUGGUAACCCUCUCCGAGGAACGUGUUAUUACAACCUCUUGAUCGAUUAUCAGUUCACCUUCAGUUUGCUUCAGGAAGAUGACCGCUACUUCACUGCUAUCAACUUCAUGGCUACACCUGAACAGGCCAACAAAAACCUUGACAUGUCCAUCAAUGCCUCCAACAACUUCAACCUUAACAUCACUUGGUCCUUCAGCUCAACAGCUGGUACCAUCUCAGGUGAAGAGAUGCCCAUCAUAGCCAGGACCAAUAUCAAGGAGCACAGAGACAGCCUCUCCUGUGAAAAGUUUAACUUCAGACUUCACCACAACAUCACCUUCUAUGUCUAUGUGUCCAACUUCAGCUGGCCAAUCAAGAUCCAGAUUGCAUUCUCUCAGCACAACAGCAUCAUGGACCUGGUGCAGUUCUUUGUCACCUUCUUUAGCUGUUUCCUGUCUCUGUUACUGGUCGCUGCUGUGGUUUGGAAAAUCAAACAGACCUGCUGGGCCUCAAGACGAAGAGAGCAGCUGAUGAGAGAGCGACAGCAGAUGGCCAGUCGUCCCUUCGCUUCAGUUGCUGUAGCGCUGGAGGUGGGCGGUGACCAAGAGGAGCUGCUACAGGCAGUGCCGAAACCCAUAGCCAUGGAGCCAUGCUGGGGGAGCAGAGCAGGUGUUCUGACAGUGCUGCUUUACCUGCCCAGAGUCCCAUCUGGAAUCCCUCCACCGGGACAGUCUGGUAUUGCUAUAGCCAGUGCCCUGGUAGACACAUCACAACAGCGAGUGAUGGACUUCAAGGAGCGAGGCCUUGGACUCAAGCACCGCAAACACACCGUGCACCAUCAAGGGACCUGUGUAUGAACUGGAUGCCCUCAACAAGAUGACAACAUCCACAUUUCCCCCAGGGGGAUUUCACUGGAGAUACUGUCACUGACUUUGGACACGGAAAAACACUAAAUUACAAAGGCAAAGCCUGCAAAAAAUUGAAUGCAAAAUUGAAUGAUCUUUGGUCUUAAAGUGGCUUGGAAGGAGGAAACAAAUGGAUGGAAGUGGGGAUGUAACAACUGUCUUACAGACAGACAAAGUAGGAAAGUGGAACUCGUGGUCCCUAUCUUUCUUGGAGUAAAAGGGAAAGCUUCUUCAUCAACAUGCUCUUUUUGUCUCCUGUGUGUAUAAUGUUGGUCCUGAUGAGCCAGGAGAACAACCAAUUGGAAAACUAAAUGCAGUUCGACAACGAGAAUGUUUUUCUCCAUCAUAGCUUUGGUCAGAUAUUUACAACAAGAGCUGGCAGAUUGUUCUGCUUCCAUGCCAUGUGGCUCUGCAUCUCCAGGGUUCUGCUUGUCUGUUUGUCAUGCGGUCUGCCAUAUUGACAGAGAAAAACACUUGUUUUUCACCAAUAAACCAAACCAAAUGGCUUUGAGCUCCAGCGGAAGAUAUUGAGCUGAAAUGAAGUCCUCCUGGCUUACAAACCCACUCGGACUCAGGAGUAAUGCUGGAAAGAAGAACAAGGACCUAACUAGAUCAAUGCAACACUGAAGUGGGUGAUGUUCUGUGACAAGGAUUUGAGGAGAAAGUCUCCUCUGGGAAUUUUAAAGACUACUGUUGUUGAGAUGUUGAAGAACUGCAUCUUGCUACAAAGAUCUUUGGAUGUAAUUGUUGAAACAUGUCCUACAUUGGAUUUUUGUUUGUCCCUGCACCAACAUUUGAAGUUCAACAUUUUGAUAUCUGCUCAGGUCCUCUGUAAUGGAAAGGUCCAUUAUCUGUAGCUGUGGGCCUUCUAUACAUCUGUAUAUGCACUAUAAGUGAAAUGCUUUACCAGUACAUUAGGACCCUGGUGUGGGAUAAUAAUAUGCAACUGAUCAUCCAAAUGUAAUGUUCAUUCUGGGCUACAUGGUAACCUCAAGGUCGGUAUCAAAUGCAUACUACUGAUGGUAUUCAUAUGCCUAUUAAUUCAUUUAUUACUGUGAAGCUACAGUAUACAUCUUUUAUCAUGACCUCCAGUAAAUUUCAUGUCUGUUUAUUUGUGAUACUCAAACGUUUAUGUAACAUAUCUCCUUAUGUAAUAUUUAUUAAUUAUGCAAAUUACAGUUAAACAAUAAUUUAGCAAGUUUACAAAUGCACUAAGGAUUUUUUUUUUUUUAAACAAAGACUAAAUAAUUGAUUUUACAAAACAAGUCUGUGCAGUAUUCCCUUUUUAUGCUUUUACACUCAGUGUCUCAAUCAGUGUUAUGAUUUAUCUACGUAGCAAAUAUCAUAUUUUAUGUACAUCAUAGCAAAUUUCAUGUGAUGUCAAGUUUUCCCUUCUACCAAAUGUGUUAAACCCUCAUUUAUUAUUGUGAAGUCAGUUUUUAAUCAACUGCACAUACACAGUACAGUUAUGUCUUUAUCGACCAGCUACAUAUUGAAUCUGAUGUUUCAUUCAGACAUUUUGUCUCCAUGUAAUUUUGCACCAGUUUGUUGUUUGACUUCUAUUAACAAAGGGCAGCUCACCUCACUGUUUUUUUUCCAUAUGAGCAUAAAAACUGUACAUUUACAAUUAAAAAAUUUUGAUGCCUCUUCGUAUGGUAAUUGGAA